AUGUUAAAGCUGGAUAUGUUUGCACUGAUGGUAGUUUCGGUUUCGGCAAGUGUAUUAACUGAACAUUCGAAUAGUUUGCUGAGAGAUUUACAAGACUUUGUAGAUCUAUUAGAUUUAGAUCGUGUCAUACACCUGACAAAUACGUACUAUCUGAAUGACCAAGAUUUUCAGUCGAUGUUAGAAUACAUGCAAAGCGGAGAGUUUUCCGUCGUAUGGAAUGGUUUCUUUGGUUUGGCUGUGAUCCGUGAUUUGGGCAUGUAUUUGAUCCAGGAAGGAGUUCCUUUCUAUGAUUAUGUAGAUCUUGUUGCAUAUUUCAUCGGUCAAUCUCCAGUUAAUAGCCGUCUGGAGCAGCAUAUAAACAAAACACAACAUCGUAGCUUGAAGGCAUAUGUUGACGAGUUGUUUGCUAUGCUGCCAUGGAGCGAAUGGAGGAAUUUGUAUGAAGUAAAACAAACAAGUAGUGAACCAUUCAAAUCCUUGAUCAUUAAACUGAGAAGUGUGAAUUACACAGAAUUAAAGCAGUUUUAUCAGAACACCAAGGAACUAAGAUCGUUUAUUCAUGUACUGAGAUGCCUUGGAUUAGAUGUUGAGUUGUAUGAACAUUAUUUAAUGCAAUUUUUCCAUGGGUUGAAACUGAUUUAA